AUGAAGACAUCAUUUCUGUUGUUAGUUGUUGCUGUUGCUGUGGCCACACUCUGUUGUAUUGGUAGCGUGGAUGCACAGCGCGGCUUACCACCGCCUCAAGCGCGCGGCUAUGAAGCCAAUGCAGUGAUACUGAAACAGGGCUUCGAUUUGAAUCCAGAUGGUUCAUACACAUACAACUAUGAAACAAGCAAUGGCAUACGCGCCGAUGAAGCGGGCUAUUUGAAGAAUCCGGGUACACAGGUGGAGGCUCAGGUCAUGCAAGGUUCUUACUCUUACACCGGUCCCGAUGGUGUUCUCUAUACAAUCACCUACAUAGCCGAUGAGAAUGGAUAUCGUGCUGAAGGUGCACACAUACCAACACCGCCACCACCACGCGCUGGAACAGGUGGCAGGUUCUUCAAAUAAGAUCUUAAAGAACUAAAAACAAAAACAACCAAUAAAGCUCUUUCAUUAUUGCAUACAUGCCUACAUAUAUAAUACGUACGAAAUCAUACAAUUGAAACGUGAUCAAUGCUAAUUAACGUGAUAUUUUGCAACAAAUACAACAACAAGAAAAUAAUGACACAACACAAAAAAAUGAAAUCAGCAGCAACAACAACACAAUGUACCUACACAUACAUACAUAUGAAGAAUGCAAUAGCAACACAAAUCGGAACAGGAUUGAGCUAUACUCGAGGCUAAAUGUAAAAUCUUACUUCGUGCUAGGAUUUUCAAAGGAUUAUUCACACACUUUUUCUACUAACACACACUCACAUAUACUCAACUUUAUUUAAGUUCUAGAAGCUGUAUUCUUACUAUUGGAUUGCAUGUGAUUUUUCGCUUUCAGCACUUAAAUAUCUAUCGACAUUUUGUAACCUUUAUUUUUCAAGUUUUAAUCCUUUCAUUCCUUCCAACUUUUUACCUAAUUCGUGUCCACAUUUCGUCCUUACGCGCGCUACCAACUUCCGUGGCAUCAGCGUCUAUGGCGAAUACUCAUAUUUUGCUUUACUUUCUACUAACAUCACCUCUUCUACAUACUCAAGGCCAACGCGCUGAUGCCUCAAUACAGUUAAUGCAUAAACAAAUGUACCUUAUUUCUACUUGCAAUUUAAUUAUUUACACUUACUUACAUACAUAAAUGAUUUGUAAUUUAAAACGCUAUUUUAUAUAUACAUACAUCUGUAUUUAUCGAUUCUAGUAGCUAAGCAAAUUAUGUAUUUUGAAUAUUUACGAAUAUUUGCUAAAACGUGAGUGAUUACAAAAGAUUUUCGAUUUCUUGUAAGUACAGCAAUCAGGCAAUAAAUAAAUUGCGUAAAAACU